UGUUUAAAAAGGAAAAAACUGUGUAGCAUCUGAUUUUAUUUUUUGAUUUUGGUAUAUUUUUCAUAGUUUUCAAAUAGAUGUUAUUCGUUUUUUUUGUCAUUUUCGCGACAAAAACAAUGAAAAACACAAGGCAAUGUGCCAGAAAACCAGAAGGUGGACAUGUACAUUUAAUUUAUUGCUGUGUGAUAUGUAUAAUUAUGUUAAUUAUUAAAAAAUGCAUUUAUUUCAGGUGUGUGAUUACGGACUUUGGUUAGUGUUUUGUUUUCAUUGUGACACACUGCCAGUCAGUUGCUUGCCGAGACUCUUUGACCCAUAGUAUGAGUAUGAAAAUAAUAACAAGGGAAAUAAAUAAAUAAAUAAAUAAAUAAAUAAAUUUGAAUGACUCAAUGUAAAAAGGGUAACUGUAAAGGGUCAAAACUAAGUAAGGGUUUAACAUAAGGUAAGGUCAAAGUCAUGUACUUUUGUAAGUAAAAGAAAAUUCAAUUUUGUCCAAGCGAAAAGCGCUGUAUACUUUUUAACAAACGGAACAGAAAACUGUUACGAAGACUCUAAAAACAGUCCAUUGUAGAUUGACCAGGUAUUUGAUUAAUGUUUUUAUAAGUAGGAUGUCGAUAUGACAAAAAUAUAUAUUUAUCAACUGUGUUAAGAUAAAAAGUUGAUAAAUGUGAAAAGGUAACAGUAUUGAAAAAGGAAUAAUUGAUCACCAAAACAGAAAAAUGUAUUAAAGGUCCUUUAUGGUGUAUUUGAGGUUGAAACCACACUUAAGUGAAAUUUUAUGUAUGUAUAUAAUAAUGCUUGUAAAACAAUUUUAAAUUACCGAAGAUUAUGUAAAAUAUGUACUGCAAAUAUUUGUCCAAAUCAUAUGUAAUCGUUAAAAUAUUUGCAUUCAUGUCUUAUUGAAACAUUUGACUUAGACUUUAUAGAAAAUAAAUUUCUUAUUACCUCCCUUUAUUUACACGAAAUGUAAAUUCGGUAAUAUCUUUACAAAUAAUGCUUUUUGAAACUUACAAUAUUGAUUAAUCUUCAUUUGAGUAUUAUGCUCAUACAACAAUUGAGUUACAGGAUCUUUCUUGCAUAUCAGACUGGCGUUUCCGUAAGUUUUACCCAUGCCGGAAAUUUCAUCUGGCAUGGGGGGUUCCAGAUGAGUCGCGUGCUGUACAAUGGCACGCUUUGGAUGACGUCAUUUUACCGUUAUGUAUGAAGUUGUAAUUCAUACGCUGUUGUAAGAAAGUAGUUACGGUUGUAAUGAUAUAAAUUUUCAUUGAAAAUAAAGAUAAAGAAUUUAAAAUAUAAUGGAAUAUGGUAGAAUAUGCAAGAAAAAACAUCUGACAUAUGUUUGCGGUUCGGAUCGGAAUAUCCGUCCCUCGGACACCCGCCCAUGGGCGGUAACUCGGCAAGCCUCGUUACCGCCCAAUGGGCGGGUCACCUCGGGACGGAUAUUCCGAUCCGAACCGCAAAAUAUGACAGAUUAUAUUAUUAAAACAUAUACUUUUAUGAUUAACGCGUAACAACUAAUAUCGGAAAAACCGAUUUGUUCAUUAGAGUGAGAAGUGUGCAUGAUUUUGUUAGAAAGAAAAACGGUAUUUUGAGAAAGGAAUGUUAUUAUAAUUGAAAUAUUUAAUAUUGUGAACAUUGUUUUUAGUCAAAACAAAAGCUGACAAAAGAACAAACACAUAGACAGGCAGUAUGAAAGCGAAGAACAGCAAAUAGUGUAUAGCGCCAUUGAAACAUUCAAAAAUUAACAUGAAAUGCAGAAAUGUACAGAUAAAUAGAAUAAAUGUGGGAACGAAUGAUAAAAAACAACUAUUUUCCAAAUUUCUACUUACAAACAAUGUAAACCUGUUAUAAAUUAUGUCAAAUAUUUGCUGGUCAUGCUUUAAUUAUAGAAUCUAAUUUCAUUCCGAUAAAAACACUUUAGAAUUCUUUAAAAUUCUCGGAAGUCACCGGAAGAAAGACAUCAGAUUUUAUUUUAAAACAUCAUUUUCAGACACCAGCAUUGUUUCAAACAGGGAUAAAUGAAUUAACUAUUUAAGACUGAGACUUCUGUUACGGAACGAAAAUUCAAUCAUCAGAGGACAAGCACAAACAACUAAUAAAAGUUUAAGACAAAAUACUCGGAGAUUUUCGAAAGAGGAAAGCACCUGUCAAUACGAAUACGAAAUGCAAUAAGGGAUCACUGCUUUUUCCAUCAAUGGCGCAAAUUAGAGCAUCUGCAUCGCAGUUAAAGGCAUCUACAUGGCCAUCUAGGGCAUGUCCUGUAACUACAGUAUCUCAAUGGUCAGCUGAAACCCUGCCUAUGAUACAUACACCUGCGCAAAAGGCACCUUCAUUACCGACGGACAUGGGGAAACAGUCGUUGGAGCAACAUUUCCACCUGGCAAAUGAACAAGAAGGUUUGAUUGGAAAUCCUAAUCCAACAAUAGACCAGCAGAAAGUAAAAGAAAAUGGGCAUAUGGUGCAUGACGUCAGUGAGGAAGAUCAAACAUUUGAUCAACAGUCAGAAAAUGCUGAUAGAGCAGAAAAUGGAAAAACCCAAAACGGAAAACGUUGUCAGAACAUCGACAAAAGUGACAAAAAUCCUGAAUAUUUAUUUGUUGACGUGAAUGAAGUGGUGCAUUAUAAAGUACCCUUAAAAAGGUUGCCAAGAAUACAUCGUCUACAGGGUUGUGUGGGAACUCUUACGAGUUAUUGUGAAGGCAUUGAAAAUAAAAUAGGACUUCCUAAUAUGGGAGAUACAGGUAUGGAACAUCGGGAAUAUAUUGAUAUUUUCAGCCAGGACAAUACCUUUGAGAGGAAUAUGCUCAUCGAGGAUCUUGAUUAUACAAAUACUGAAAUGUACCGGAUCGCAACUAGGAAACGUGAUGUUGCUAGAAGCAAAGAAGUUGUUGGAAUUUUUGUGAAUUCCGAAGGUAUUCAAUUUGUUGAAUCAGUUACUGACAGUACUAUUUUUGUAUACUCUGACUCUCAUAUCGAAAAAGAAGAGGACUACGAAAACGCGAUAGGUAGUUUGAUGGAAGUCAUCAUAAUGAGACCAUUGAUCGGCAAAAUUGCACUUUUUCAUAGACUACGGAGCAUCACUCAUGCUGAAGGAAAUGCUAAAGACUUCUCUGCAGCUUCUCUUAUAAGGGAAUUUCCGGAUCUCUAUCCUGAUCCGUCUUUUUCGUUGCAAACAGCAAAUGAGACAACCGGUUCAGACGUAUUCUAUCAAAGCAUCAACAAAAAUAAAACCAGCAUUGAAAGGUUGUUAGGUGAAAUGAUCGCACUGUCUAAAAGAAGCAAUCUCCCUGAAGAAAUUAAGCCUGUUUUUGAAGAGUACCAGACACCAAUUGUUCCUGAAGAAGUAGCAAAAGACCUUUUCAAAUUAGACGAAGCCAUUACAUGGUGUGGAUUUCGAUACCGCACAUUUCAUAUAUAUAUUAAGCAAACCUCAAAUGAAUCAGAGGAAAGGGAACUUGCAAAGAAAAUUUCCAAAUUUGUAGCAACACAUGGCAUUAAGAAAUAUAACCUUAUUUAUAUUAAUGGCGAUUUGGAAGAAUACAGCUACAUAGGUUCGAUGAUACGUCCUAAAAUUCAAAAGGCCAAAGAAGCUCCAAGCAAAGCUGAAUGUAAAGCACAAGGGGAAGCCAAAGGGGAAAAACGGGACCAUUGUGCAACUUUGGGAUGUUUUGCAUCACGCAAUUGCUCUUCUGUUUGCGCACUGAUUUCAAAGCACGUUGUAGUACAUUUCGGAAACGAAAUAUUUGAUAAGGAUAAAAGGCUUUUGGGGAGAGUGAUACCAGAAACAGGGCAUCAAGGAGAUUAUGACAUCGCUGCCGCAGAGAUAAUUGAUGAACGACUGCUCAAUUUAGAUACCAGCUUUAGAAAUUAUGAUGGUGAAAUAAUACGUGCCAGUCUAGGUGAAAUAGACGAAACUAUGCAGGAUCAUGCUGUUUAUCUAAGAGGAGCAAAGACUAAAUUAGGCGUAGGAACAAUAGAAAUACCAAUCUUUUUAAAGAAGGGUGUAAAAUACCACACAAAAGUACAACCUGGAAGCUACUUACUUAAGAAACCAGAUGGAAGAUUAGCUGAAGAAGGAGAUAGCGGUUCAAUACUUUGUUAUGAUGACCUUGAUCAAAAUGUUCGUGUUUGUUCAAUGCUUAUCGGCAAGUGUGGUGAAGAAGAAUCCUACUGUUUUUUACCAUUGUCACAUGGUUUGGAACAGUUAAGCCAAAAAACAAACGAUGAGUUUAAGCUUAUAACUCACAUGGAAAACUCUCCUGCGCAAAUUCACGCAGUAGGAGACUGUUUGCAAGCAUCAGGGUCAUGUAAAUACCUAACAUAGUGAUCAUAAAUUAAAACAAAACAUAUCGCGAGUUUAGACAAAUUAUGUCUGGGAUUAUUAUGUUGAUGCUGUUUUACAAUGGACUACUUGUUAGCUCUCCUGAGCAUUAAUUGCUUAGAUGUGGGAUUUUGUGAUAAAGUCGUCGUAUGCCGUCGUAGAUAUCAAACAUAUUCUUUGAACAACUUCUCUCCUUAUAGCACAAUUUCUAUUUGAUAGCCCUCUACAAAGUUUAUUAAAAUGCUUUAAGUAGGUCAAAAUAGCUUGAAAUAAAUUUUAAAGUGAAUUAUUAAAAACCAUUCAGGAACAUAUACAUUGUGACUUCAUUACCUUCUCUUUUAUAAAAGAAAAGAUGUUAUCCUAAACAUUAAAUUUACCAAAUGCUAAGUGCAACACAACUAUUUUCAAGUGUUUAAGUUUGUUUGUACAUAAAUAUUAGCUGGGUGAGGGGAAACAAAUAUUCGUAUUUCUGGAGUAAAAAAGUAGAUCCCUCGGAAGCAAUAAAACAACAAUAGGGCGUGAUAAUUGCCAUGGUUUAAUGACAAGUGUGAAGUUAAACGGAAUGAUUUUUAUCUAUUUUUAAAUCGUUAAAUGAACUAUGAAACGAAUUCAUGAAGUAUGCGCAAGGAGCCGGUAAUAUUUUUGUUUGUAUGCAUUUUAAAAGAAUGUAUUCGUGAUAGCAAUCUCCAAUAAUGUCACGAGCGUCUAGAAAAUCCAAUUCGUGCAAGUUUUUUUUUUAUGCCCCCACAAUGUGGGAGCAUAUAGCGUUGCACUUGUCCGUCCGUCCGUCAGUCCGUCCGUCCGUACGUCCCGAAAUCUUGUGAACGCAACUCCUCUUAAACCGGAUGGCAGAU